AAUGUAUACGCGGGGGAGUCGCGCGGCGAUGUUGUUCUUCCAAUAAAUUGGCCGACUUUAGGAGGGAGCGCGUCGAUUUCCUCGCGAGAAAAGAGGGAAAGAUGAAAGCCAAAAGGACCGGAAAUAAAUCGGGCCGGAGCCCGACAAAAUUCACGCGGCCGCGCGAAAUAAAAUGUUGCCGAGAGAUGACGGAAUUAAAAUAGAUACAGAGAGUAGUAAAUUGUCGACAACACCGGGCGACAACAUCGAGCCGGUGCGACGCGACGUGGCUCUUUCUAGUGGGAGGCGCUAAAAUUAGAGGUGCCAGCGUGUGAGUAGCCGCGUUUCAGCGAUACUCUUCUCCAUCGAACAUUUCCAAAUAGUGGUUUGAACCGAUAAGACGGUUACUUCGCGCCCGUGAUCGCUCCUCCGUCAAUCGCCUCGAGAAAGAGAGAGAGAGAGAAGGAGAAGAUCGUCGCGAGAUUAUGGCCCGCGGUCGCUUUAACGGGCGGCGAGCGAUAAACGUAGGUUCCUCGACCCAAUAAACGCGAUUUCCGGAAGUCUUGGAGAGAAGAGAUGCCUGCUCGUCGAUCGAUAAUCGGUCGAUCGUUAGCCGGAUACCUCGCCGCGAUGUGCAUCGUGUGCUCGCUGCCAACGAGCCUCGGGCAAGUGGAAGGAAGAAAGUGCGUGUGUACGAGCAAAGCCUGCAAGGAAGCCGGCGUGGAUACUUGUAAAACGAGAUUCUUCUGUUACACCGAACGUAUUCUGACAGCGGGACAAGAAAUCGGUGAAAGUACGGUCACAAGAGGAUGCACAGAGGGUGCCACGCCAUUGUUAUGCGAGACGAAGUCCUGGGUCACGAGAUCGCGAUCGGUCAACGCCGUGGAACCACCGGCCGGUCCUCGGGUUGUGCCCAGCCUGAAAUUAAAAUGCUGCGACAACCGUGACUACUGCAACGUCAACGAUGACGACGAGGAUGACGAUGAUGGGGUGAACGCGAAUACAUGGAAAAGGACGCAAACGGAGCGAACGCGUUUCGAUGCGACGUCGACGAUGCAGUCUGACCGGAAGUACGACGAUUCGGCGGAAUCGGUCGAUCGACUUCUACGGGAUCGCGUCAGGGCACUGCACGUCGCAGCCCUCGUCCUUGCUAUCGCGGCCCUCAUAUCCGUCUUGGCAUCCUGCUACGUGGUUACAAGAUUCCUGAAAAACAAUCGUUAUGCAAUGGACGCUGUAAAUUACUCGUGAAUAUAUGACGUCGAAGCUAUUUUAACAUUGUCAUUCUACUAAAUCUAAUUGUGGUCUUUCCUCCAGUGGGAUGAAAUUAAGAUAUAGGGAUAACUGGGAUAUCGGGGAGGUCCCGGGGAAAAGAGCCACGUCAUACCCGUGACGGACGACUCGGGGAUACGAGAUCCGACGUACGCGUAUUUAACGAAGCUUCCUGAAGAGCAAACCAACUUCACUGCGCGCUCUGGGCUCCUUUGUUCUACAUCGUAUGACUAACGGACGAUGUAGCUCGCAUUCUUCACCGCCGUCGAGCGAGACCCCUCGAGGGACGCCCAGUGUAUGCCAGGUGAACCGGGCCCCACCGAUCCCGGCCCCCGGUUUCAACAUAAUUAGUCAUCCUCCUUCAAGUUGUUCAACACAUACACACAUAUGUACACGCAUCCUGCCAACGAUCAAGCGAAAAACGGCAGAGAAA